CGGCGCAGGGCGCAGGGCGCAGGGCGCAGGGCGGGAGAGCAGCUGACAGCGUCGUCACGGCUGCGGGCGGGAGCGCACUGCUCCAGCCUCGGAAGGAGCCGCAUCCGCUCACCAGGCGCUGCCUGUCCUGCGCGAGCUGAGCCCGAGGAAGCUCUGAGCGGAGUUGUGUUCCUCCCCAGGUGUCUCCGGGUGGACGGUCGGAGCCCCCCAGCAACAUGCCUGAGCAGAGCAAUGACUACCGGGUGGCCGUGUUUGGGGCAGGGGGCGUUGGCAAGAGCUCCCUCGUCCUGCGGUUUGUGAAGGGCACCUUCCGGGAGAGCUACAUCCCGACGGUGGAAGACACCUACCGGCAGGUGAUCAGCUGCGACAAGAGCAUAUGUACCCUGCAGAUCACCGACACCACCGGGAGCCACCAGUUCCCGGCCAUGCAGCGCCUGUCCAUCUCCAAAGGGCACGCCUUCAUCCUGGUGUACUCCAUCACCAGCCGCCAGUCCCUGGAGGAGCUCAAACCCAUCUACGAGCAGAUCUGCGAGAUCAAAGGGGACGUGGAGAGCAUUCCCAUCAUGCUGGUGGGCAACAAGUGCGACGAGAGCCCCAGCCGCGAGGUGCCCAGCAGCGAGGCGGAGGCCCUGGCGCGCUCCUGGAAGUGCGCCUUCAUGGAGACCUCGGCCAAGCUCAACCACAACGUCAAGGAGCUCUUCCAGGAGCUGCUCAACCUGGAGAAGCGCAGGACCGUGAGCCUCCAGAUCGACGGCAAAAAGAGCAAGCAGCAGAAGAGGCGAGAGAAGCUCAAGGGCAAGUGCGUGGUCAUGUGAACGCCUUUCCCCGAGGAGCCUCUGCUGUCCCCCCGGCCUCGCCCCUUCCCCACCCCACGUGAACCGUCGUCCGGGCAGCAUGUCCGAUGCCCACGUGUUGAACAUUGCACCUGACCGAGGCCCGCCCUAGCGUCCUGAAGAAGGCAUCCCACACCCCCACCAAUAAUGAUGACAAGCCACCCUUCCGUGGAGCUGCCAGGCGGUGACCAGGAAAGCCAGCACGCUCAGCAUCCCAGGGAACUGAGGGAGGUGACAGUCAUCUAUGAGGGCGGCUUCUGCCAUGAGGAGGUAGGAAGACCCAUACCCUUCCAAGCAGGAGGAGCUGGGAGGGCUGAAUGUCAUCUACCGGCACGAAAGAGAGCCAGAGCUACUGGCACCAACUCCAAACCAGCCAUUUCUCUCUGCUCAGAAGUCAGUUACAUCUUUGGGGGGAGGAGGGAACGAUCAGGCAGAGUUCGUGGGAAAACCAGUUGGUCCAAAGUGAACCACGGUGGCUCCCUUCCAUAGAUUUUUAACUGUAUUAAAGAUAAAGUAAGACAGCCUUCCUCAAAGGAUGUGCAUUCUCAGUUAAUUCCCACCUGACCCUACCCUAAAGGGAUGUAUUCACCUCCUACAGACCUAGUGAGCAAGUGUCAUGUUAACUUACUACUUAUUAUUUAUUUUCACAUACAAGGAUGAGUUCACUAAUAGCACACUGCUGUGUCAGAAGUUCUUCGAUUUUUGAGUAAAGGUAUUGUGACAUUGUUAUUCAAACAUCGCAAUAAUGUUCCUGUGUUAUACUUUGAGGGUUUUAGAAUGUGAAGUUUCUUUCCUUUCGCCCGUGAGGGCUAUAACUUCUACCCCUCAGAUUUUAAAUUCAAGCAAAUAAAGUAGCUAUUUUUAGAAUAAAAAAAUUCCCCCUCCCCUCCAAGAUUUUUGUUUUCCUCUUUAAUAACUUGAUCUGUACCCAGCUGGGUAAUAGCCAACAAAGGCCAUCCAGUGACCAGAAGCACAUCAUUUUUCUAACUGACGUGAACAUGUAUAUGCUACACUUUGCACCUUCAUGAAAUAUUUUGCAACAGAAGUUGUUCACUGUGUUUUUGAUGACCUAUCCAAAUCAGGACUGUAUUCCUGGACAAUGCAUUUAAUCAAUAGCAAACUCUUGCAUGUUCUAUUACACACAUCCUUAAAGAGCUGUUCAAUGCAGUGUCCACCCUAGAAACCAUGGUCCUCUUCUCUUAAUGAUUGUGUGUGCAUCCUUAAUACUUCAAACCAAAUUCCAGCCACUGGUUCCUGCAGGAGGCAUGGGAGGUGAUGGUGUCUGUAGACAGGCUGGCUGUUCUGUCCUGGGCAGAGCCUACUCAGCUUAACCAUUCUGCCAUGGUGGUUGGGCUCUGCUUCUUGAGAAAUUCCCACAAAGCCUGAGUUUUCCUGUUUUAGUCGGCAGAAUGCAUGCCUGCCCCAACUGGUGGAUCAUCCUCUUGGCCAUCUGGGCAGGCAGCAGUACCACGCUUCUUGCAGACAGGGUCUUCUGGAUGUUGGGCAUCAGUGCCAACCCCAGGCAGGGCUUCCCAGCUGGAGAUGUUACACAAACUGCCUUCUGCACCUGCUAUUUUGAUGACCCUUCCUAUGCAGGGUUUCCUGUCACAGCCACAUAGACACCUUCAUCCUCCAAAGCAUACUUGUGCUCUCAGUAUUUCCUAGUUUCCUUUAGUCCUUUCUUAUUCAAUUCCCUUAUCUGGUCUUAUCCCGGGGCUCUACCAGUGACUCUCCCUGGUGAUGUAUUUAGUGUGUAGGAGGUGCCUUCGAGAAUCUCUUGGCUUCAAGGUCUUACCAUCUCUUUGGGAUUCUAGAAAAAAAUUCCCUUGUCUUUACCUGGGGAAAUGAUCAUGCCGAGAAAGGGAGCCAGCAGGGAGCUCAGAUAAUUGGGGCAUUUCUAGGCCCUCUUUAAAUUCUUCAUACAGGUGCCUUCCAAAGGCCAUUCCAUGGUAUUCCAUAACAUUCCCAAUGAGAUCUCGUUGUUGGAUAUUCUGGAACAUGUUUUUCAACAUGUCCCUACAUAGUUUUUCCUAUUCUCAGAGAUUAUUAGUUUGUCACUCGAAUGUGAAGGAAAUGGAAGAAGUUACAGAACUUUAUGGCGAACGGGGAUUGUCCAGAGUUGGGUGUGUUCUUUCUAACAGUAAACUAUGAUCUUUGCCACCAGCUGUCAUGUUAAUAAGGCGUUUAUUGUGAAUGCUUCCUGCCAAGUGUCCCAUUUCCAAUUCCCACCCAAAAUGAGUCAGGAUUUCUUUCCUUGGAAGCCAAUUUCUCCAUGUUUGAGUGCUUGGGGCUUCAUCAAUUUGAGGAGCUUAUAAUUCUUGACAAUCUGAGCUCACUCAGGAUACACUCCAUUCCUUUGUUCUUUGCCUGAGGGUUUAUAGAGUAGGAAGAAAGGAAGCCUUCAUCCUGGGGCUCCAUUCUGCCAUCAUUUUUUGUGAACCCAGCUGAGGAUGGUUAUAUCAUCCUCGUCUUUCAGGAGCUCCCCAACUGACUUAGGACUUGAGGGGUUAGUAGCACUAAGCAGGUGGAUUUCAACAUGUGCUUGUUCCCAUCCUCAAAUAUGGAGUGGUGAUUCCUGAGAAUAUGUCCUAUACUGCACAUGGGUACAGAUGUUUUUUAACCCAGUCCUAGAAAGUUAUAAAACUCAAAAUAUUGCUUUGAAGAUGGCACUGUGGGAUUACGCAUGGGGCUCCAUGAGUUCCCUUCUGUCCCCACUGGUCCCCUCUCCAUCCAGUGACAAGCCAUUGGCAUGCAUACAAUGCAGCAAGACCAACGCAAGAGCAAUAUUGAAUUGUUCACUCUAUCUAAAAUUAUAUAUAUUAUAUAGUUUAUCUUCCUGUGUUUUUGAAAUAUUAAAGUAGUAAACUGUACAUAUCUGUAAGCUAGUAUAUUUGUUUCACUGUUUGUAAUAUUUAAGAAAGGCUCAUUCUUUGUAGAACAAAAGAUGUACUCAAUAUUUUAAAAAAUUGCUCUGUGAUACUUUUUUUCUCCCCCAAAUUUGUAAUGUGUUGCACCUACAUAAGCUCUCUGGAAAUAUCCAUAACGAAUGGGACACGUGUAAAUCCCUGAAGAUAUCUUGGAAUUCAGUAGCCCACAGAUCGUCUGUAGACAAAGUAUUUGCAGAGCAUGACUUUUAUAUGUGUGGGAUAUCAAUAUGUAUAUUUAUAUUAAGGUGUAUCUAUUGUUACAAUUCCAUUCUCUUAUAUUUUAUUUACUCUGCAGGUCUAAAAAUCACCCUUGCAUACAAGUUUCUAGUUGCAGUGAUGUUCUGAAAAUCAAGGAACAUAUUACAAUAAAGUUUCAGAUAAUGACACCCUG